UAAGACGUACACUAAUACAGAAACAAAUUGGCGAAUUACAUUAAACAAAUUUCAAAUACAAUUAUUUGAAUUUAAAAUACUAAUAGAAACAAAUAUUCGAAAAUUAAAGGCCUUAAUACUAACUGAAACCACCAAUUCACACGGCAAAAACAUAAACAACAUUGACAUACGGAACUUGGGCCAGGCGGAGGCAAAGACAAGACAAGACAAGACGCAAGCAGACACGAAAGGACGGACUACAAGUUAAAGUUUCUCCACAGUGCAAGUUUGAUUUAUCGAAUUAAAAUCAAUUGCUAGUCAACAAUAUGGUCAAACUAUUCGCACUGAGCAUCUUUUACAAAGGAAAUGGAGAAGCCCGCAUCUUGAAGACAACAUCCGACCUGCAGUCGUUCUCCUUUUUUCAGCGCGGCACUGUUGACAAUUUUAUGACCUUUGCAUCGAAGACAAUUGUGGAACGUACACAGCCCGCGCUUAGGCAAUCAGUGAAGCAAGAUGCCUAUAUGUGUCAUGUAUAUGUACGAUCAGAUAAUCUGGCUGGUGUCCUAAUUGCCGAUCAUGAGUAUCCCAAUCGAGUUGCUCACACAUUAAUCACAAAGAUUCUCGAUGAGUUUGCCACCAAAGUGCCAGCGGAUCAAUGGCAAAACGGUUCGGCAGCAACCAUAUCAUUUGAUAUGCUUCCAACAUUUUUGGCCAAGUACCAGGACCCGGUUGAGGCGGAUCCAUUGACAAAAAUGCAAAACGAUUUGGAUGAAACGUCAAUUAUAUUAAAGAACACAAUUGCGGCGGUAUUGGAGCGUGGCGAGAAGCUUGACGAUAUGGUACUCAAAUCGGAGGAACUGAGCCUGCAAAGCAAGGCCUUCUAUAAGACAGCGAAAAAGACCAAUUCAUGUUGCAGUUUCACCUAAGCGUAGGAUGUGGAUGCAGCAGAUGCAGUCAUCACACACACACAUACACACACACACACACUCACACAAUGGAACAGGAACACCACAAGAUAAACAAAUGAAAACAAAAACACCAAGAAGAAGAAUCAACAACAACUACCAACUACCAAAACAAAUUGCAAGUUGCAAAGUUGAAUUAGAAUUUGUAUGCUUUUUAUAAAUUAAUUAGUUAAUUAACAUACAUACAUGUAUAUAUAAUAUAUCUAGAUAUAUGUUUGUAUCGAUAUGUAUCCAUUUGUAUAUGUAUGUAUGUACAAAAUGGGGAAAACAAACAACCCAACAUUCUAAUCCUUUCCCAUAUCACAAUUCUCUCUCCCAUACCCACAACACUCCACAUCCUAGCCGACUUCACCAAACUAUCCAUAAUAUUAAUUACAAUGAGAUAAUGUCCACUUGUUUUUCCCCUCUUUGGACAUCCGUUGUCUAUGUUCAUAAUCUUUUUUUUUUUUGUUUUAUGAGAUAUUUAAUUUAAUGUCUAUGUGAAUACGAAUAAUGCAAAUUGAAUGUGUCGUUAAUUAUAUAUUAAACGAAUACAAUUUAUGAAUAUUAUACGAAAAA